CUGUUAACAUUGUUACCGAAUUCUGUUAAGUGAGCGCGAAUAUUGCAAGUUUCGCUACAUGCCCAUGUUAUUUUGGGAGAAUGGUGGAUGAGGAUUCCGAUGAUUAUGAGGCACUGCCGGAUACUAGUCCACUUUCGCAACAUAUGUUAGCCGGUGCAUGCGCAGGUGUGAUGGAACAUAUCGUAAUGUAUCCUGUAGACAGUGUUAAAACUCGGAUGCAGUGCCUCAGACCAGUUGGUGGUGGUAAUCACCCAGGCUUAUUGACUGGCUUAUAUCGUCUCGUCCUACAGGAAGGAAUCUCAAGAACACUUAAAGGUAGUGGUGCAGUGAUUUGGGGUGCUGGUCCUGCACAUGCUGCUUAUUUUGGAUGUUAUGAAAAAAUGAAAUCGUACUUAGCAACUGCUCCUGUAGGAUCGACUCAUGUAAAUCAUAUGAUAGCUGGAGCGUGUGCAACUUUAUUGCACGAUGCUGUCAUGACUCCUGCAGAUGCUGUAAAACAACGUCUGCAAAUUUACAAUAGUCCAUAUCACAACACCUUGGAUUGCCUACGUCGAGUAUGUUUAACCGAGGGACCCAGUGCAUUGUACAGAGCUUAUUUUACACAAUUAUCAAUGAAUAUACCCUAUCAGACGAUUCACUUUGUAUGUUAUGAACAUGCACAAAGUGUGCUAAAUCCUAAUCGUCAGUAUCUACCCUGGACUCAUGUUUUAUCAGGAGGUAUAGCUGGCUGUUUUGCUGCCGCUUUCACGAACCCUUUAGAUGUUUGUAAAACUUUGUUGAAUACACAAGACCAGUGUAUUCCUACGAAUUUGUAUCGUGGUCACUUUUCACAAUCACUCAAACCUGAAUUCCGAGGAUUAUUCAGUACAGCUAGAUCUGUAUAUGCAAUGACCGGUUUAAAGGGAUUCGCUCGAGGUAUGAGUGCUCGAGUCCUUACAGCUGUUCCUGGCACUGCAUUAUCAUGGUCAGUUUACGAAUAUUUUAAGUGGCGUUUAAAGGAACCAGUUAAAUCCCGUGGACCUGAUUUUGGUGGAGGUGGUGUUCAUAAGAUAGACAUUUCACCUAUGGAGAAAUUAUGUGUAACAGCUAGUUCCAACUGGAUUCCUACUGCUACUGAUUUAACGUGUACAGCAACAGUUACCAGCUCUCGAGCAAGUUUACGGGAGAAAACACGCUGAGUCCGCCUACUACAGCUCCUGAUAUUAAUUCACUAGAUACUUUAAAGCCCAAUACUGCAUCGAACCGCCUCCUGUGAUGGUCAGUCGUCAACAUACACAUCCUGAAUGUUUAUUCGCCUACUGAAGUGUAUACACAACAACCAAUCCCCUUAAUCCUACGGUGGUCGUAAUUAUUCCCUCAUACUACAAGAAACUAUGUAUAAAUAUCUUUUACAUUAUUUAUUUUAUAACUAGGCAUCGUUAUUUCGUUUAUCGUCUUCGGAAUUCUUUUAAUCCAUUUGUACAAAAUUGCACCGACUUGUAGUGUCCUCAUUUUAUCUAUCUGUGUGUCAGCCUGUUUAUUUCAAGGAAACGAGAUCAAGAACCAUAAUAUUAUAUAAAUAGAUAUUUUAAAGUUGGAGGUUUUUUCACAUUGUUGUAUAUUUGUGGACAUUUGAAAGGACCUUACGAGUAACGACGAACUGGAU